AAAAAAUACUCCUUUGACUGAUGUUUUCAGCAAGACUUUCACAAAUAGUAGAAUGGAGAAAAAUCAUAUAUGGCUAAGUUCUGUUUCAGAAAGUUUCAAGCUGAGAAAAUUGAAAUUUAUUGCUAAAAUUGAAUGCAUUUCCUAACCAGGUACUAAGAAGUAAAAAUAAAAGUCUAUUCCCACACAGUUUCCACGAUAGAGAUCUGAUUUCCUUACAAAACCUCUCUUAAACUCGUAGGUUCUACUACUGCAACAACUGCUACUGCAUCCACAACUACUACUGCAUCCACAACUACUACUACAACAAGGCAAACAACAACUUCUACGACAACAACAGAUCCUUGCUCACGUUUUACCAUAAAAACGAAUUGGAAUUAUCCAUAUAAUGAUAUAACUUCAUCAUCACCAUUGACAUUAACUGAUUGUUGUGCAGUGUGUUUAGCUACUAGUAACUGUAGAGUUUUUACUUACACUGUUUCACUCUCAAAAUGUUGGUUAAAAACAUCAUCGGGAUUUUUUGGAUCAUCUACCUUAGAUGCUAUUAGUGGUGUAAUGUGA